UGCGUUGUAUGUCAUGAAGUGAAACAGGGAGCGAUACGUACAACUAUGAAGAAACGAUGCCGAAUGCGAGAGUUUGGAGAACUUAUGAAGAUGACAGCACAAUUUACGACACCAACAUGGUCGAAGAAUGUCGGGAUAAUAUUGACGUACUGCUCAUCUUUGUGAGUCUCAGGCUGAAGUUGUCUUUGCUUGCCUUCGUCAAUGAGAAUCUCUCGGCGGCCAUCACGACGUUUGUUGUACAGAUAUGCCAAGACUUACGCCGCCAUGUCAGCGUCUUUGCUUUUCAAACUGGUCCUCGUUCGGGGUGCCAUCGCCAACGGUUCUUUGGUCAACGUCAUUCUCCCUUCCCCACUGAGUCCCAGCAUCGCCUUCGUCUCCGCCAUCACAGAUGUCUGAGUGAACAGUCUCUGGUUUACCGGCCUGUCUCUAAGCCUGAUAACUGCAUUCGUCGCCGUUCUCGCGAAGCAAUGGUUUCAUCAUGACACUGCGCGUCCAUAGUUUCUUCAGUUCCGAUACGCCGGUCUCCAAAACUGGUAUAUCCGGGUCAUCAUAGGACUCUUCCCUGUCCUCAUUCAUCUAGCUCUCGCGAGCUUAGUGGUCCUCCUACACUCUCUCCGAGAAG